CGUUGUGAUCGCGUUUGUCAUUCUGGUGAGGUAGCCAUAUACAUAUGUGAGUAGUUAUCUUAAAUGUAAAAUCAAAUGCAAACAUCCUGAAGACAGUGCAAUUAAAUAUUUAUUGUCAAAAAUAGAUAAUGACCGACCGUCAGGGUUCAUUAGUUAGGAGCAAGACUCUAAUAAAGUCAUGUGAAGCAGGGAGCCCUUCCCUUCAAGAAGCAGAGGACUCCGACGAAGAACGCGAGCUAACCAACCUCAACUGGCUUCUGCGAAAUCAAAAUUUAACUUGGCCAAAAACUAUUGAGUCAAACGCAAGAGAAAAUAUUAAUAUAGUAUCGGUUACGAACAAAAAUUCAGAAACAGCCGUACCUCAUAUCGCAAAUAUCCGACGAAACCAAAUCCAACUAAUUUGUACAAGAGGGGAGAACACAGUUAGGAAAUCUAAAAUAUUUCUGGAGUCUAAAACACAAAGAACAACACCAAAACGACCAACUCCAUCGGAACGCUUUGAGAUAUUUGUUAACAAAGUUAAAAGGGAUUUAACUGAGUACGAAAAGUUUGCAAGCAAGUAUGAGACAGACGUGACUGAGAAACCGCCCUUCAACUAUUCACAUAUAAUUGGGAUGGCUAUGCUGAAGAAUGGUCGCGUAACUUUGCAACAAAUAUGUGCAUGGAUAGAGGCAAAGUUUGCAUUCUUCAGAGUACGAAAGAAAUGGAAUAACUCCAUAAGGCAUAAUUUAUCACUACACCACUGCUUUCGUAACCGAAAAAGAGAGGAAAAGGGCAAAGGUGGUUACUGGGAGUUGGGAGUUGACCCGAAAAAGUGUGACAAAAAGCGCAUUCGUAAUAGAAAACUAAGUCAGCCAAAACUAAAUCCAACCGCUAAAUACCACUAUUCACUCACUCCACAUCAUAAUAUACAAAACAUUUCAACAGAGGGUGAACCGCUAUCGAACAAACAGCAUGUGAAAUUAUCUCAGACAUACUGCUCAAGAAUUGCAAAGGUGGCUAAAGCAAAUAGUCAGUCAGAAAUAUCAGUUACAAGCCACUUGCAAAAAUUAUCGUCACCGUUCACGGAAGUUAAAUUUGACGAGUCCAUAAAAAAAAAUAAUAUCGCUGAGGUAAACGAAAUGCAAUUUGACAAUUGUCCGCUACGAGCAAUGCUUAACGAGGACAUUUUUGAAAUGAAAUGUGAACUGGAAAAAAUUAAAACAGGCGCUGGAGGUUUUAUUAAGGAGCCUAAAGACUUAAACUGUUUUAUAUCCAACAAGUUGGACAGUACCAGCUCGCAGAUUUCCGGAGAAGACGAUUUUUGUACAUUCAACAACAUAAAUAUUUACUCUGAUAUGACACCAGUGCUCACACCGACAUCAACGACCAUAGCAGACCAAAAUAUAACAUCUGAUAUAUCUAGUCCUUGCCAUCCAUGCAAUAUAACCAUUAAUUAUGAUUACACUAACUUCCGACCCCUAGCGGAGAACAUUGAAGAACAAUAUCAGUUUCGAAAUGAUGACUUAUUAGAUAACCUUCUUGAUGUUUGUGUUACACACUAUUAAAAAUCCAAAUACAUUUCCACACAAAAGUCUCGGUUUUUUUUUUCAGAACGCGGACAGGAAUCCUGUUGCGACUGCCGAAUUUUAG